AAAAAAGGCGAACGCGCUUAACCUCGACACCAUGUUUUUGUGCAACGCCAGCGCCAUCAAAGAUUGGAGUUUUUUCCUCUCGCACAUCCUGCCACUCGUGAACAAAACAGCCGAUUUGGUUCGCCAAAGUGACGAGAAAGUGGAGGCCACCACGAGCGCCUUGGUGACAGUGCUCGAGCCCGAGCUGGGCGGCGCGAGCGCCAGCCGCGCGCCCUCGAACGCGAACCACACGUCGGGCCUCGAGCACGUCCUUCAGUACUCGUACUCGGAGAACGAGCUGCCGCACACGGAGCACAAGGACGAGGCGAGGGACGCGAUCCCGCUGCCCAAAGCCGUGCUCUACCUGGUCAUGGCAGCGCUGGUGGUCGUGGCCGUGGCCUAUGCCAUCGUGGGACACCUCACCAAGGACCUGGCCCACGACUUCGUGGACUGGGUGUUUGGCCCCCGUCCAGCCAAGAACAGCAAUAAGAGCGAAAUAAACUGCAUAACCAACAGCAUGAACGAAAUGAAUGAGAUGAGCGAGUUUGCACGAUUUAUGGACGCGAACUUCAUUUCGCAUGAUCCGGAUAUUUGUGCGGAUGCCGCUAAACCCGAAGAGCUCGUAGUGUCCAUAGAUGAAACAUUCCAUAUACCUCAAAACCCGUACAAUGACACUUAAACUGGGCAAGGUUUACUCUUUUAUCGGUUCAGUGUGGAAGACAAAGAAAAAAACAGCCAGCUAGCUUGCGUUUCAAACACCCGUGAAACCA